AAUACCAACCAAACUUCACGCCCGCCUCACCUCCCUCCAUCUCUUCCAAAUGGAAUACUGUGCCCACUGCCAAAGCCCUCUCCUUGUACCUCGCCCUUCUCUGAUACUCUGCCUGCAUUUUUUUUUCUUUUCUUUUCCUUUUGAGACAGAGUCUCGCUAUGUAGUUUAAGCUGGCCUCAAACUGGCGGCGAUCCUCCUGCCUCAGCCUGCCGCGAGCGCUGGGCUUACAGGAGUGCACCACCACUCUGGGCCCCUACAUCUGCUCUCUUUUCCUUGCUGAGCUUCUGAAACUUCACCUCUCUCCGAAUUGUUCCACUGUACCCGGGGGCAUCGUCCUGUACCCGCCUCCGCUCCCCACCACACUCGGCCGCACACUGGGUUCCCAUAGGAGCCAAUCUACGUAGCUGGGAGAAACACGGGGAGCCUGACCUGAAGAGUCCUUACGAACUACAGACUAAAGCUAGCCGAGGCGUUCGGUUCCAGGAAGAUUCGGCGCAGCCGCUGUAAGCGGCAAGUUCGGGCGAGAAGUUUCUUAGACACUGCGGAGUGAGUCUGCAGGACACCCAAGGGCUCGGCUUUCGGCGCCCUGCGAGCCGCCGCUCAGCCGGAACCUUUCUGCUGAGCAUGAGCCGCGUGCUUUGGGGCGAAGCACACAGGAACCGGAAAUUAGUGGAGGAGGACUGACCGUGGGAGCCUGGGACGGGACUUGGAAGAUGAGCGUCCGGUAUUUCCUCAAGGCCAGAAGUAGAAGUCCUGGAAUAGAAGGAAGGUGGACAUGCUUUCCAGUUCCACUGAAGUCGUCCCUAUUCCAGGACCUAUGUAAUUUCUGCUGUCGGAAAAAAUCCACUGAACCUGAAAGAAUUAUUACCAGUUUUGCUUCCUGUGGUAAAAAUGCAAAGGAGUCUGGAAAUGUACUUGAUAAGAUCUUCUCUUCAGAAGAGCAGGCUUCCAUCCUGCAUGUGUUGAAUACAGCAUCUAAUAAAGAACUUGAAGCUUUCAAAUUGCUUCGUGGAAGAAAGUCCAUCAAUAUUGUAAAGUACAGAGAAAAAUUGGGGCCGUUUCAGGAUUUGGCAAGUUUGAUGAAUGUGCCCUUGUUGCAGUAUGAAACUGUUGUUCAAGUUUGUAACUCAAUUCUUUGUCCAGAGACUGAAAAGAAAAAAAAGUUGCCAGAAAACUGGCAAUUGAGAAAGUUCAUCAAACCGGAUAUAGAAAGAGAGAGACUUAAGGCAGUUAAUAGUAUCGUGUCCAUUGUUUUUGGUACUCGAAGAAUUGCAUGGGCUCAGCUUGAUCGUAAAUUGACAGUGCUGGACUGGCAGCAUAAUGACUGUUGGAAACUAAGGAACAAAAUACCCCCAUCAUCAGUUUAUUUAGAAGAGAUUUCAUCAGUCAUUUCAGAGAUGCCAAAAGCAGAUUUCUAUGUUCUGGAAAAGACACCACUUUCACUUCAGAACCCAACUCUGUUCCCCGUUCUGUUACAUUUUCAUGUCACAGAAGCCAUGCUGUAUGCUUUACUAGAUAAAACUUUUGCCCAGGAUGGCCAGCAUCAGGUACUGAGCAUGAGUCGCAAUGCAGUGGGGAAACACUUUGAACUGAUGAUCGGUGACUCUCGGACUAGUGGAAAAGAACUAGUCAAGCAGUUCAUCUCCGAGUCUGUACUAAAGGAGGAUCCGAGGGUGUUCUUCCCACGAGAUAAAGUAGUGGACUACAGAGAGAGAUUUUUAUCUAGCUCACAUAGAAUAGAAGAGUUAUAUGAUUCAUUAUUACAAGCUGUUGCUUUCUAUGAAUUAGCAGUUUUUGACAGAGACUUAGAAUUCUGAGUUAAUGGAUCUCUUCUAAUAUUAUUAUUUUUUUUGGUACCAGGGAUUGAACUUGGGACCUUGUGCUUGUGAGGCAGGCACUGGAACCACUGAGCUAAAUCCCUGGCUAAUGUUAUAUUUAUAAAAUCUAAAAUUAAACCCAGCUGUUCUGAACACCCAUGUCAAAGGAGAAGAAAACACAUCUUGAGUAUAUUUUAGAUUUUUAAAGUUAGACUUGGCUGUGAAAUAGUACACACAAUAGACAAGACCAAAUCAAUAAAUAUUUUAUGAGAUUUUGAGCCUUUUGAUUUUAAAUGUUAAACAGUAAGGAUGCCCCCCUACCAACCAAAAAAAGAAAAAGAAACAAAGUUAUCUCCCUUUGAAAGCAAAUAUCAUCUAUGCUAAAGAUCUGCAUUAUUCUCAUAUUGUUAGAAAAGGGAAUAAAGAUUUUUCUGGGUGGUGUUUAUGAGAAUAAAGCAAAAGGCAGUUGGUAA